AUGGACGUGCUCACGAGCAUUAUGGAAGGUUUGAGCAUCAGCUCAUCUUCCAAUUACAUUCCCGAGGUGAUGAUCGCCGACUGCGGACUCGUACCACCGGCUGGUAGAGAUGGUGGCCGGUUAGACGUUAAUGUUCACCCCAAGCUCUCUUUGAAAAUGGCUAACCCUAGGGUUUUCUUUGAUAUGACUGUGGGCGGAAGACCGGCUGGUCGGAUCGUGAUGGAGCUCUUCGCCGACACGACCCCUAAGACGGCCGAGAACUUCCGCGCGCUCUGUACUGGCGAGAAAGGCUUGGGGAGGAGGUUUGGUAAGCCACUCCAUUACAAGGGAUCAAUUAUCCAUGAGUUGCGCCGCGGUUACAUUUUCCAUGGAGGAGAUAUCACUGCCGGGGACGGAUCCGGAGGCGAGUCUAUUUACGAAGAUAGAUAUUUCGACGAUGAGAACUUCAUCAAGAAUCCCACCGGUCCAGGUGUCCUCUCCAUGGUCAGCCAUGAACGAGACACCAACGAAUCUCAGUUCAUGAUCAACAUGACGAUAAGUGUAAUACACGAGCACGUCGAGUUCGGACAAGUUGUUCAAGGAUUGGAUGUGAUCAGGAGCAUUAUGGAAGUGGUCCCGGUUGUUACCAAGACGUCGCCCGUGGUGAUGAUUGCCAACUGCGGUCAGAUUUCAUAG